GCUUCACCUAAAUCCAAACACAACAAAUACGCCCCCAGAGCAAACCUCGUGGCUGUUCUUUCUUCAUUCACCCGAGCGCCGGCUUCGAUCUCUGCUUCUCGCUCUCGCUCUCGCUCGCUGCGAAAUGAGGGUUAGGGUUUUCUACAUCCUCGCUUUUCUCCUCCUCUCCUCUCCCUUUCUCCAAGUUGCUAGGUGCCAAUCAGAUUCGGAUGCAGAACCUGUUGAAGCAGUAGAAGAAGGAGGUGAUUUUGGGAUUGUUGGCGAAGAUGACCAGGGCUUUGGUGAUGGGAACUUUGGUCCUGCUCCAGGAGUGGAAACAGUUUGUGUUUUCCCAAAAAAUCCUUCAAAAUCGGUGACUGCUGGGGAAGAGAGUGAACUAUUAGUUGGUAUGAAAAAUGAUGGGGAAUCUAGUGUGAAUAUCAUUGCUAUCAAGGCUAGUGUUCAUCUUCCUUUCGAUCAGCAACCUUUGGUUCAAAAUCUUUCUGCACAGGGUUUUCACAAUGCAUCCGUUCCUCCCUUAGCCCAGGCUACUUUCCCAUACUUAUUUGCUGUUAGCAAAUUUUUACAGCCUGGAACAUUUGAUCUUGUGGGCACCAUUGUCUAUGAGAUAGACCAAAACCCAUACCAGAGUACAUUCUAUAAUGGUACUUUUGAAGUUACUGAAGCCGGUGGACCUCUUAGUGUUGAGUCUGUUUUCCUAUCUUUCCUUGGAAUUGCCCUUCUUGUCCUUCUUGGGAUAUGGAUUCGUAGUCAAAUACAGCAUCUCUCCAAGAAAACUAAGAGGGCACCAAAGGUGGAAGUUGGAACUAAGACUACUGAUGCCUCGAUGGAUGAGUGGCUGCAGGGAACUGCAUAUACUCAGUCGCAGUCCAGCAAAUCAAAAAAGAAGAAGUAGAUCAGCAUGGUCCCCAGAAAACAGCCUGCAAACAGAGCAUAGUGAUGAGGCAUAAAUUAUUGUAAUUUGAGACUUGGGGAUUUGGAAACUUAAAGACACGGAAGAUGAAUUAGUCGGAAAACUAGGUCAGGAAAGACUUGCCUCACUGUUGUAGCAUGAGGGAGAAACCUAACUUUAUGUUUCAUUUUCUUGGAGACCUUGAAAUGUUGAGCCUUUUUGAAAAAACUGACGGAGAUUUGAAGUAGGGAAAGCUGCAAGUUUUGUCAAACCUAAGAGAGUUCCCUUGGAUGAUGGUUAAUUUUUUUUUUUUUUUUGGGCUCUUUCAUCAUGAUCGUGCCUUACUUUAGCUCUCUGAUUUUGAAUUCUGUGUUGUGGAUAUUCGUGCACGCGUGUUGGCUGGUACUAGAUGACGGUAUUUUGGGCAAAACGCUCUGUUUUUGUAACACAGCAAAAGCUAUCGUUUUGCUCUCGGGAGUCGGGAAGAUGCAGAAGUUUAGAGCUUUUGCUUUGGGAAGCUGGGAGUUAAAAAUAAUAUACCAAAUACGCAUUUGGUCUUGUGGUA